AUGGCUGACGAAUUCGAGGUCAAGAGAGAGCAGAGGAGGUCGAUCAUCACCCUGGUAAGAUAUGGUCCGGGCGGUCCUCCUCCAACAGUUGUACAGUAUGCGGACUCAGAGAGGCACGUAUACCCAAUAGAGUUCAACACAGCAUCCUGGACCGGAAUCGAGUGGACGGUGCAUCUCGGUGAAACGCUCUCCCUACCAGAGCUGCAGAUGCUGACACAAAGUCGGCUGGUCCAGUGCGCUCACUCAUUCAGCGACGCGGUGGUCUUCUUGGCAGAAGAUUUGCUUUCAGCAAGUUUAAUCUAUCUCGAGUGGCUGGCUUGCUGUCUCCCUUCCGAGAGCGUUCGACAUUUGAGACCGGCAGCGCUGAUCAUCAUUGGGGGAUCCGCAUCUGACAUUGAAUAUUUCCUGCGUCAUUGCGCUACUCAACAGGACGCUGGUGUUCGUACAUCCAACGAACAGAGAACGGAUCUCUUCGACAACAUAAAAAUCGAGCAAGUCAAGAACUUUGCAAGGAGUAUCAACCUCUUGCCACCCAGAAUUACACAGCACGUAGCAUGGGGACACAUCCGCGAUAGUCACAAGGUCUCGAGGCGUCUGAGAUCAAAUCACGGUUGGCUGUGGACUUUGUCUGACUUUCAGCAGUUGGCAUCAGCUUGGAAAGCAACGGGGUCAAUGCCCAAUAUUGUUCUUCAGUUGACGGACCCAUGGCCUCCGGGAAAAUUUUCACUAUCUAGUGUACUAUCGAGCGUUGAUAGUAAUGUACGUAGCAACGAUCAACGCUUCGACACGGUCCUGAACGCAAGGGCUAGUCUAGUUAGUAGCUAUCUGAUGCGGCACUCCUUCCAAUCACGGCACUGGACUGUGCCCGGCAAGUCCUCCCAAACCAACAUGUUUGCAGAAGACCAGUUCAGGCUACGGUAUCUGCCUCUUGCUACAAGCAUAGUACGCAGUUCUUUCGAACAAUCCGAGAAGUUCACUUCUGCGGCGAUAUCCGAGCGGACUGCUGGUUGGAGAACACCCGAAGAGCAUAUCGGAGUUGCGUCAGCAUCUUCGAUUCGGCAAAACUCCACAUCGAACAGCUUCGCCAACACCGCGGGUAUCUUGCUGGGUUACAGUAUGGAACCAGAUGUGCAGCUUGUCUCCUGGAGCAGUGGGCUCACAUGCUUCCGUGUAGACACGAUCCUCGAACAUCUGCUUGAUAAGAUCGGACUACGCGAGACGGUUCACAUAUCUUCUUUCUUCGACCUCCUGGUUGGAAGUAGUAUAGGUGGUAUCUGCGCAUUGGGCAUUGGGACCAAAAAGUGGUCUUUGAAAGAUUGCAGAGUAAAGUUUCUCAAGUUCGCAGAGCAACUUUUCGUCCGAAAGAGCCGCUGGGCAAGACUACUGUCGUAUUUCACAGGUGGCUGGUCCGAUGUACUAAACAUUGCCGUCAAGCUUAUCUUUUUCGAUAGCAUAUACGACUCAGCUCCAAUUGAAAGAAUUCUCGUGGAGAGCUUUGGCGAUGCCUCACUCAUGAUCCAGGAUGACCUCGAACACCCAACCAGAGUGGCUGUCGUUGUGAAUCAAGCAUCGACCUCCGAAACAACGAUAUUUACCAAUUACAACAAGUCGCGUCAUCGCAGGACAGGCGCGUACAGGUGGCCUUCAAUGGACAGUUCGUAUCAGUUACCUAGGAUAUGGGAGGUAUUUUGGAAGUCAAUGAUACUACUCGGUGAAGUGUAUCAAAAUGGUGGACUAAGCCAUAACAACCCGUCUGCCAUUGCAGCGAGCGAAGCUAAUAUGCUUGCACCAUCGCAAUAUAACGAUCCUUCAGUCGUAUCAGUGGGAUGUGGACGCUUCUCCACGGCACCGCUGACUCGAAUGUCAGUAUUCAGAAGAUAUAUCAAGGUACUCGAGGAAUCCCUGAGCGCAACCAGACAGCAUGAAGUCACAAAAAUGCAGAGACAUGGAAGGCUAGAGAACUUGCUGCGGCUGAACCCAAGGCUGGAUAUGGACGAAGUGCUGCUAAAUGAGCAGUCCUCGAUGUCUUGA